AUGAAUCCAAAUACACCAUUCAACGAACGAUUUGCUAAAAUCUCAGAAAAACUCAGUUCAAUCCAACUACAUCACGAUAGUUCUAAGGCUCAUCGUAUUGAUGUCAUUUGUGGCCGUGUCUCUGGUGUAGAAGAAAGAAUCCAAGAUACAAUCACAUCAUAUAACAGAAAACUUCAUUCUCUAAAAGAUGAAAUAGUGAGAUUGUAAAAAUAGAUUGAGGAAGAAAACAAUGCGUUUGAAACUCAGUUUGAAUAAAGAGUGAGAGAGGUUGCUGCUUUUGAGAGUCGUAUAACGACUAAAUUGGAAUAAGAAAUUUCAAUUAGGAAGGAUGGUAACCUUAAAUUAUAAGGCUAUUUGGAUGAAAAAGUUGUCUAUUUAAAAUCAGAUAUUUAGACAGAGAGUAAAAUUAGAUAGGAAUAAAUUGAAAAUAUCACUACUUCUCUAGAGAAUGAUUUACCAAAGCUCUAUGAUUUAGUGAAGACAGAAGGACAAGAUAGAGAAGAUAGUGAUAAUGGUACAUUAAGAAGAGCAGGAGAUGAAAUUAAGAGAUUAAAUGAAGGAUUGGGUAAUCAAAAGAAAUUAAGAGAGGAGAGUGAAUCAGCAAUAUUUGAGAUGCUAAAAGAUCUGGUUUCAAGAGUAAAGAGCGAAAUAGAGGAAGAAAAGAAAUUAAGAGAGGAGAGCUAAGAGAAUUUACUAGGUUUGUUGGAAGAUGCAUGCAAUAAGAUUUACAGAGCAGCAAAAGAUUGAUAUUUAUAUACAUUGUCUAUUAAUUAUUAGUAAAUUUAAACUUUA